CACGACUUCAGCCUGGAGAGGAGGACGCUCUUCUGGGUGGACGCUGUCACCCGGGGCCCCUGCCAGUUCCAGUGCGAUGCUCCCGGGACAGCGUCAGCCCCUCCAGCCUGGCUCUUGCUGGUCAGCCCGGAAUGCGGGCUGGCGUCCGCACCGGCUGCAGCCGCCGGCCCCGAGGCUGGACCCCAAGAGCAGCCCGAGGAAGAGGAGGAGGAGGAGGAAGCCACCCCUGGCAAUGAGGAAAAGCUGGGUCCUCGCAGCCCCCAGCCCAGCGCUCCUGCGAGCCCCAGCCCGGGCCGUCACCGGUGCUCGCUGCAUGUGCUGCGAGGCGUGAGGUCCGAGCUGGCCGGUGUGCGGCGCAGGCUCUCCGAGGGCAGGACGGCCGCCCGUCCACGCGCCUUUCUGCAGCGCAUCCGCCACCGGGCGUGGAGCCUCUGUCCCAGCCCCGAGCCGCCCCCAGCCCCGCGCCCCCGCCCCCGGGCCCCUGUGUACCCGGCCCCGCCCCCGCGGCCCUCCACGGCUGGUGCGGUGCCCCCGCUGCGGAGCCACAAGCCCACAGUCGCGUCCCUCAGCCCAUACACCUGCCUGCCACCUCUUGCGCGGGAGCCCCAGCCUCUUACCGCCCACAGAGCACAGCCUGAUUCUGCUGACCUGCUGUCCGCCCUUAGCCAAGAGGAGCAAGACCUCAUCGGGCCAGUGGUUGCCCUGGGGUAUCCCCUGCAUAGGGCCAUCGUGGCUCUGCAGAAGACGGGGCGUCAGAGCCUGAGCCAGUUUCUCAGCUACCUUAGUGCCUGUGACCGGCUGCUGCGGCAGGGCUACGAGGAGGGCCUGGUGGAGGAGGCCAUGGAGAUGUUCCAGUUCUCUGAGAGCCAG